AUGAUUUGGUCUCAGCACCCUUCCGAAGUCAAGUGCAUGAUUCUUGAAGCCUUGACAGAUGACAAGAACUGCAGAUUAUCCAACGCUGCUGUCGUGUCACGGGAGUGGCAGGCUGUUAUCGAGCCACACAUCUUUACAUAUAUACGAGUCACGUCCCAACGCAUCGCCCAACUCAACGCCAUGACGCAGCGCAAUCGGGAUCAUGAGCCAAAUGAGAGCCUGACCCUCGACAUUAGCUUGUACUCGAAGAGCGAUAAUGAGCACGCAUUCAAGUACCUAACCUUCAUACCCGACGCUACGGGAUACCAGGUCGAGCCGAUGUCGAUCGCUAGAAGCCAGGAGCCCGACAAGCACCGAUGGGAAACGACUGCAUUGGGGUCUAUCCCACCAAAAGGAAGUCUCGAUCGUCUCUUUGGACAUGUCGCUCCCCAUCAAGGAUGA